CAAAUCAGAACGUUGGGGCAGAACGUGCCCAUGUCAGCGCUGUUGCAUCAUUAGCUGGGGGAGGAACGUUGGAUUCUGCCGUGUCGUGUCGAGUUCAGUGAAGUUUUGAUUUCGUAGUAGGGUGUAAGAUUGUUGAGCGUUAGGUGUACACUAGUUAUGGAUGCAAAGUGUGGCUUUUGUAGUGUACCGGCAAAGUUAAAGUGCGCCGGUUGCCAGCAAGUGGUGUACUGCAAUUCCGAUCACCAAAAGAAACAUUGGAGAGCCAAACACAAGCACGAGUGCGCCAAACCGUACGAGUUAGCGCGAAACGAUGAGGUUGGCCGGCAUUUUAUAGCAACAAGCGCAAUUCCAAAGGACACCGUGCUCUUCACGGAAAAUCCGCUCGUUAUAGGCCCGAAAUGGAAUCUGGACGAGUACGAGCAACGUUCGCCCGUUGUACCGUGCGUGGGAUGUUUUGCCGACUGCAACUUGGGGCAGUUUUACUGCGAGCUUUGCCGGUGGCCAGCGUGUAAACCCAACUGCCCCGGGCUCGACAACACCAACCUUCACGGGCUCGAGUGUGGAAUCCUACGGUUUGGCCGGCCUCCGAAACCGGGCGACGAUCCGGAUGCGUUCUUCGAUUACUACCGCUACGAUGCGCUGCUGGUGCUGAAAUGUGUGGCCUUACAAAUAUGCCAGCCCAGCCUGUUCGAGCAGAUCACCAGCCUGGAGAGCCAUUACGAGGCGCGCAAAACCACCAGCUACUACGCGGAUGCGGACGAGCGAAUCGUGUCGUAUUUGUUCCGCAAUUUUCUCGAACCGCUGCAGCAGCUGGAACGCAAGGAGGGCAUAGUUGUGCUUAAGAUGUGCGAUCGCAAAACGCUACACAAGAUCAGCGGCAUACUGGAGGUGAAUGCGAUGGUUAUUCCGCUGUCGAACGGUCGAGAAAUUUGUGGCAUUUAUGCGAGGGGUUGCUUGCUGGAGCACAACUGCAUGCCCAACUCGUUCUACACCUUCGACUGCUCCAAGGGAAUGAGGCUUACGUUUCGAACGGGCAGGGACAUCCAGAAAGGAGAACAUCUAACGACUACCUACACACAUUCGCUGUGGGGAACGCAACUGCGCCGGGACCAUCUGAAGACGAACAAAUACUUUGCCUGCAAGUGUGAUCGAUGUUCCGAUCCAACGGAGCUAGGCACAUUCCUGAGUGCGUUACGCUGCAUGGGCUUGGAGAGCGAACCGUGCGGAGGGUUCCAGCUGCCGCUCAAUCCGCUGCUAGAGACAAGCGAUUGGCAGUGUAACCGCUGCCCGGUGCAGGUAACACACGCACAGGUCAACUUGCUAAUGGCCCAAAUUGGCGAAGAGGUAGACGGCGUGAUGGGACGCAAAUGCUCCGUAAAGGAGUUUGAGGAUCUUAUCUUCAAGCUGGAAAGCUUUCUCCACCCAAACCACUUCCAUCUGCAAACGCUUAAACAUUCGCUAAUACAAAUGUACGGACACUUUCCCGGCCACCGGUUGCAUGAACUGUCCGACGCGACGCUACACAGAAAAAUUCAAAUGUGUCGCGAAAUGAUGUCGAUCAUCGAUGUGCUCGAUCCCGACUCGUUCCGGUUGACGCUGUACGCGGGAGUUGUUUUGCUGGAGCAGCAGGCCGGCCUGGUUGAGCUGAACAAACGGCGCGCACGUUCCGGCGCCGAUUCGCCCGAAAAAUCCACCGGCCUCGGUGAAGCCUUGCAGUGUUUGGUAAGGGCGAAGCAGAUUUUGCGAAACGAAAUGGGCACGCUGCAGGGUAAAAAGUUAAUGGAGCAGAUAGGCAAUGCAUUUGAGCGUGUAAGUGCACUGCACGGCAAUGCUUAAUGAAAUAUGUGCGAAUGUUGAACUACGCACCUUCUUCUAGAUCGUUUCAUUGCAAAUGUAAACCUAUGAGUUUGGUGUGUUUGGGACUGUUCGUACGACAAAACUGGAAUCACUCGAUUUGGGUUUCUUUCCACAUUGAAAUUGCGUUCUAUAAUGUUGUUUUGUUUGCCCUCGAUUCCACGCUUUAAAAUUUAUUGUUUUUUUUUCUUUCUAAGUUUUGUUUUAUGAAUAGUGUUCAAACAGAUUUUAAAUCAAAAGAAUAGUUUCAAAAUUAUAACUAUUUUGAAUGUGAGCGAAGGGAUGGAGCAGGAAGAUGGAAGAUGGGAGUCGCGUAGGAAGAAGGAUCGAGAUCGAGUGAAGGGGGGUGCACCGAUUUUGAAGCUUUUUUGCUGGUUAUUAGGAUAGGAGUUUUCGGUUGGAGUUUAUUCCGAUUAUGCAUUAACUACAAUCCCCCUUCAAUCCUUUAUUCUACGCUGCUACAAAUGGGAAAGAAUCCAAAGGAUUAAACAUUUCUCCUCUCGUGACACUUACACAUCCACGCAGGAUCGUUCUGGUUUUGUUUUGUUUUGCGUUUUGUUUGUCGCACGAACUAUGCGUGUGGCAGGCGUGCAUUUACAGAAAUUCAUCCGGUUCACGAGGGGCAUCAAGAUCGCGAUACUGAAUAACUGGUCGAUAGUCGGAGCCACCCAUUCUAGAAGAACACACAUACAGUUGAGAAUUAGUGGGGCCCCUUGUUUAGCUGCAUAUGCGGAAUUUUCCGGUUUAAAAUAAACUAAAAAUUACUCAACUAUUG